CUGUGAAGUUUGUGGGAAGAAAUUUUCCAAUAGUGGAAGCUUAAAAAACAAAGAGACCUAUACACUGGAAAUCUGCAAAAUCUGUGGCAAAAUAUUUUCUAACUUGAGGUGUUUAAUAAGACACAAUCAUACUCAUACGGGGGAAAAACCAUACAGCUGUGUUACUUGUGGUAAAUCAUUUAGUUGCAGUGAUUAUAUAUCUACUCAUAAAUGUACUUUUAAUGAUGGAGACAAACCUUUCCACUGACUUAAGUAUAGUAUAAAAGCAUCUUGAUGUGAUAUUUGGAUUAAAGAAUCUAUGUAUAUGAAUGUCAUUAAAGUGCUGUACAUGUUUAUAACAUGUUUAAUGUAUUCUUGGAAAUUGCAGUAAAUUUUUCUUUUUAAUGUUACUUGUUGAGUCACAUGUAUCAUAUGAUAUGGUUAGGGUUAGGAAACUGUUGUUACUACUACUACUAGUAAUACAACAGAAUUAGGGAGACAUAGAACACUUCAUCCACUGCAUGCAGUUCUCUGGCUGCUAUCAAAGUGUAGAAAGGAGCCAGGGCUAAAUACAAGGCCAUCAUAGAGAAUGAUGCAACUUGGGAUCUGUCCCCUAUAGACAAGUAAAUCCUGCAAUAUCAUGGAAAGGACAAAGAAGAUAGAUAAGGCCAACUAACUCAUGGUAUGAUAAGUAAAACUAUUAGAGUAUUAUUAUUAUUUUUUUUUCUGUUGACUGAAUUCCAGUGACCUAAUAUGCUACAAAACCCUUUUUUCUAUCUAGAAGACGGGGUGGGGGUGGAACCUGCGGAAAUUUCACCUCCACCCUCAUUUUGAAAUAUUUUUCGCUACUUCUUUCUUUACCCAUAAUUUUAGAUAACAUAUUGCAGAAAUACAUUUUCAAGAGAUUGUGGAUUACAUUAGAUUGAAAAUUCAAAAAAGUUUGAAAUGAAUAAGUGAAGAUGCAGAGGUUAUAGAAGUUAGCAGAGACAGAGGAUAAAUUCAUCUUAACAACAAAGAUUAAUUUUCCCAUCCACCUUUUUUCCGAACAAAAAUAAGGAGUUUGCAGCAUAUUAGGAGGUCAGAGUGCUUGAUUCCACACAAAAAAUCUGAUUUUUUUUUUUCUUAGUGAAAAUCGUGCUGGUGAAAGGAUCAAAUGAUACCAGAAAAAGACUUUUGUUCACUUUUUGCUGGUUAUUGCCAAUGUCACAACUUUUUUAUCACCAGAUACUGAAAGAUUACCAUCUAUCGUUUCUAUGUACCUAAUAUAAUCCAGUGACCAUGGGCCCAUGACACUACCUCCAACAGAGUAUUAUUUAAACACUGUCCCAAACAGCAGGAAUGGUUUUUUGGACGUAUUUCCAUUUGAAAGAAGAUUUUCUGCAGAGGAUACUGCAAGUCUACUGUGUUUGGAUAGAGAUUUAUCAACCAAUUAAUGUCUUCAGAAUUAAAGAAGAAAACUAAAAUUUAACCGAGAGAAUGUUUCAGAAAAUGAGCAAACGUUACAAAUGCAGUAUUUGUGGUAAAGUACUUCCUACAAAAUGCCAUUUAGCUAUUCAUAGGCGCACUCAUACUGGGGAAAAGCCAUACCACUGUGAAAUAUGUGAGAAAGCAUUCUCUCAAAAAGGAAAUUUAACAGAACACAAACGGACACACACAGGGGAGAAACCGUUUCACUGUGAAAUAUGUGGAAAAUCAUUUUCUUAUAAAGGUUACAUAAACACACACAAACGUACACACACAGGAGAGAAACCAUACCACUGUGAAAUCUGUGGCAAAACAUUUUCAGGGUGUAGCAGUGCAAAAAGUCACCAACUCAUUCACACUGGAGAAAAACGAUACCGUUGUGAAAUUUGUGGCAAAUCAUUUUCUCAAGUUGGUAAUUUAACAAGACAUAAACAUACUCACACUGGAGAGGAGCCACACAAGUGUGAUGAUUGUGGGAAAGCAUUUUCUAAUGUCAGUAACUUUGAAAGACACAGAAGUGUGCACUCAAAACCUUACCACUGUGAAAUCUGUGAUAAAGUAUUUUCUGUGAAAGAGUCUUUAACAGUCCACAAACGUGUUCAUACUGGAGAGAAGCCAUAUCAUUGUGAAGUAUGUGGGAAAGGAUUUACAAGUAGUGGUACCUUAAUAAGGCACAAUCGUUCUCACACAGGGGAAAAGCGACAUCACUGUGAAAUCUGUGGAAAAGCAUUUCCUGAAAAAUAUGUUCUAACAUUACACAAACGAAUUCACACAGGAGAGAAACCAUAUCACUGUGAAGUUUGUGGAAAAGACUUUUCUGGUAGCUGCAACUUGGUAAAUCACAAACGUAUUCAUACUGGAGAAAAACCACAUCACUGUGAAGUCUGUGGCAAAGCAUUUUCUCAAAAUGGUAGUUUAGUAAGACACAGACGUAUUCACACAGGAGAGAAACCAUAUCACUGUUUAAUAUGUGGAAAAGAAUUUUCACUUAAGACCAGCUUAACAACACAUAACCGUAUUCAUAGAGGAGAAAAGUCACUGUAAUAUGAAAUAUGUGGGAAAUCUGAAAAAUCUGUCCUAUUGGUUCAUAAACUUACUCAUAGUGGAGAAAAACCACAUCACUGUGAAGUUUGUGGCAAGGAAUUUUCCUAUAGUGGCAGCUUAAAAAGACAUAUACGUACACACACUGGAGAGAAAGCACACCACUGUGGAAUCUGUGGUAAAUAUAUAUUCUAAUUUGAGGUGUUUAAUAAGACACAAUCGUACUCAUACUGGGGAAAAAGCAUACAGCUGUGUUAUUUGUGGUAAAUCAUUUACUCAUAGUAUAUCUACUCAUAAAUGUACUUUUAAUGAUGGAAAUAAACCUUGCCACUGACUUUUCUAGGAAAGUAUAUUAUAAAAACCAUAUUGUUGUGAUAUUUGUAUUAAGGAAUUUAUGUAUAUGAAUGUUAUUAAAGUGCUAUAAAUGUUUA